GUCCUGCUCUGCCAGCCUUGCGGUGCCAUCCUGGCUGCCCUUCGCGAGAUCAUCAUGAAGCUGGAGAAGAAUAUCCAGGAGACGGAGCAUGCGUCUGAGGAAACUGGAGGCCAUGUGGGGGAAGAGCCCGAGCCAGAGCAAGAGAUGGAUCCUGCAG